AAUUAAUAUAACUCUUAUUGUUCAAUUAGCAAGUAUUGUAGAUACAAUUUAGAAACAUGUAAAUCUUAAACUUGUAUAAGGGCCCAUUCGUCUCAUAUUCACAUAUUCAGCCAAGCCAUUACUGUUUGGAUGGUAUACAAAAGGUGAACUUAAGAAUGCAUUGUGACGUUAGGAACCAUUUGGAUUAAAACACAAUUUAGCAAGAAACCAGACAUGUAAAGCCAGUUGAAAUAAUUACAACAUAACUGCACAGACUCAAACAUGGCUGACAUCAGCUAUGCCCUGAUAUGGUUAUUGGCGGUCAUCAAUUUAAAGCUGACAUUUGGCCAACAAGAGGUAAACAAAAACGAUACUGCAGAUAUUUGUAUUGGACCAAAGGGAAAUGGCGUAUGCUACCAUUCGAACGACCAUCCAUUUGAGUAUAGUUGUACUGGAGUAGGGCAGUUUCCAGACCCUUAUCUAUGUCAGGUGUUCUAUAGCUGCCCACCACAUGCUACACCGUGUCUCUGCCUCUGUCAGAAUGGUUUAAUGUUUGCAAAUGGCGAAGGCUUUCAAGGGUGCAUAGAUCCAUACCUUGCGACAAUAUAUCAUGCCACUUGUGAUGCCUUCGAUAACACGGAUUACCUUGAGAAAGCUACAGCGCCCCUUCCCAUUCCCCCUCCUAUCACAGAUGAGGCUGGGUUUGAACCAGGUGGUAGAGGAGCCAAUAGGCCAACAGAAAGACAAGGAGGUCAAAUUGUUCCGACAGAUAUAUGGGACUUCACAGAUCCCCCUGAAUGGGAAUGGUACCCACCAACAGAGGACCCUGAUCAUAUUGAAGGGACCUACCCAACAUACCCUAAAUUACCGUUCUACCCAGAAUCCAGAACUAAGCCAACCGAAGCAUUGCCCACUGUGCAAACAUCAAGUAGUAUACCAACUACAAAACAACCCAAACCCGAAUCAACAAGAGAUGAUAAACUCGAUGAAAGCUUCUCAAAACCAAAACUAAAUGUAACAGAUAGUACAGAUACAGACACGGCGACACUUCCUAUACCAAUGGAGAUUUGGACCUGGACGGGGAUAAUGUUUGCCAUUACACUUGCAGUGAUAGUUAUGGUCAUUGCCAUUGUGACUUACAGGAAGUACAGGAAUCUGAAAAAAGCUGGUAUAGAGCCCAACAUUCCGAUGCUCUUGUACAGGCGCCAGGAAACUGUUCGACGUGCAAAGUCCAAGAAACAGCGAAACGACAAACUAGCGGGUGCAGCACCUCAUCAACACAUGGCACCAACUGUGUCUCAAUUGUACAACUCACAAUACGCCAAGCCACUCGAAGAUGGCCACAUUGACAGAGUGUUUGCCCCAGAUAAAGACAAAAGACACAAUCAAAGAGUAACGGAGUCUAGAAGUAUGCCAGUCUUACAGAGACAGCCUUCUGAACAUGAUGAGGAGAGUAGUGGAAUAAGCCAUAUAAGUCACGCCAGUAGAACCAGUAGAAACGUCAACGAUGAAGACGAAAGAGCCUCAAGAAGUAGCCAAAAAUCUAGAGAUUCAGCUAAUAUUAACAAUACAAAGUCUAGGGGACUUUUACCUCGUACCCAGAUGUACGACGAAGAUAUAGAGGAUACAGGUCAUCACUACGCUAAAGUACACCAUGAUACACACCAUGGACAUCACAGUGAAAAUGGAAGUCAUGAACAUCGACAACAACCAGGUCACAUGCACCUUGAUCACGUGCAUAUGCCUCAUUUAACACCAGAACAUGGUUUAUACAGGAUAGACCAUCAUCACGACUAUAGUUGGAAACUAUGAAAUAAACAUUUUAUAUCUUAAUGUUUUGUAGUAUAUUAAUGAUACGUUUGUUGUUCUUUAGGAUAAACAAAUAAAGAUGAAUGAUUCAUACAUACACUUGGAAAACUACAUGGUGUCGAUAGAAUGAGACAAUAUUUUGUGGUUGACAGGACACAUCUUAACCACAUACCUUGCUGUAUAUAUACAAUUUUCUACUAUUAUUCAUUUCAAAUGUUUGUACAUAACUACGUAAUGAAUAGUUUAUUUAAACAAGAUAUGUUCUAAUAAAAUGCUUGUAGUAUAAAA